AUGUUUACAACUAACAAAGACAAACCAACAGACGAUCUCAAUAACUCUUUACUUGAGUUUGACUUACCACUAGGUAAUCCACUGGGCAAAACAUCCAACUCGGGCAUAGUGACACAAACUCAAGACACCGGUGUUGACGACAAAAGCAACAAUGAUGGUAACAACAAAGGUGACACUGGGACAACCCAACAACGGCAAACAUUACCAGUUGCACCAUUCGAUGUCUCACAAAUACUUGCUGUCAACCUCCACCUGCCACAGUUCACCUCGGACAGACCUGAAAUGUGGUUUGCCAUCGCCGAAGCAGACUUCUUAGCAAACCGCAUCACGAGUGACAAUCAGAAAUACAGCCAGACGUUAAAGGCUCUCCAACCCAACAUACAAACUCAGCUCUGGGACAUCAUCAGCAAUCCACCAGCUCAAGAUAAGUACCGUACAAUUAAGAACGCAAUACUCAGUCGUUUCUCUGAUUCUAGACAGACACAACUUCUUAAGCUCCUGAGAGACAUGACACUUGGUGACAAAAAACCCUCACAGCUCCUCCGAGAGAUGCGUGAACUGGCAAGAGGUUCGAUCAACGACGACGCAUUACACCAGCUCUGGAAAGAGCGUCUCCCAGCCUGGAUUCGUCCGUACCUCUUGGUCUCACCUCACAUCAAUGACCUCAACGGCUUGGCGGACCUGGCAGACCGACUCGUGCUCAGCAUGGGAAACAGCUCGGUUUAUGCUGUUCACAACAGAGAACAUUCACUCUCCACAGGCCAGGCUCAGCUCGAACAACAAAUGUUAGAGCUUAAAUUUACAAUGAAAAGUCUUCAACAGGACAUCAGCAACAUGCAACUUCAGCUACAGCAGCAGCUGUUGCUGAUCAACAAUCUCAGCCAACGUAAAUCCAGAGCUGACCAAGGCUACGGUAGAUCGCAGUCCAGAGGCAGGACUUCAACACCCAACCCUAACGGAUACUGUUACUAUCACCAACGCUGGGGAAACGACUCGAGAAAAUGCGUCCAGCCAUGCAAGUUCGUUCCAGUCACCCCCGUUAACUCGGGAAACUAGUU